CGGCGCGUCUGCAGGUGAGAGAAGCAGGCACAACACGCUGGACACGGUGAAGGAUUCAAGCAAACGUUUCCUAAAACACUGCGUCGGAUAUACACCUUACUUUUCUUUUCAUUUUUACUUUUUUUUAUUUCAUUCUCUUUUUUGUAUACAAUCCUGACAUUUUUCUGCGGAUUGUGCGUCGUGGAGUUGGCUCGUGAAAAGGAGAGAAAGAGCCCGAUUAUACUGCUUGUUGCAGAGAGACUUUGGAGGAGCAGAGCGGGCUGAGGAUCGGCAGGUAAUCCGCUCCGCGCUCAGACUGAUGAGUUUGGAAACUGCGCGGGCAUUUAAAUGAUUCUCUGACAGCCGCGGACGCAACAUCAGACAAGAGGAGUAAGUGCAGCCUCGCCCACAAGAGAGGGAGAGGGAGAAAAAAAGAGAGACAUUCUACAAACUGUGAGUAAAACGGGGCGACAUGGACGGAAUUCACUUUCUGCUGAUGCCUGGACUAUAACGUUUCGGCUUUUACGCGCGAGGCAUUCAGAUAUUUGAGGCGCCAUCCGGAGCCUCUCGGGCGUGCAGCCUCUUUUUUUUUCCUCUCUUUGUACUAAAUAAAUUAAGGUAAACUAAACUAACAUUCAGCACUGGGAGGAGAGGGGAAAGCCCCGUGCACUUGCUGCUUUUUUGCUGCAGCAGAAACGAGAGGAAGUCGUCCGGAGGAUGAAGUCUCUGCGCAUCCUGAAGCACCGCCAAACGAUAUUUCCCUUCAGACUUUCUGAUUGACUGAUCCUUUUUUUUUUCUUUCUUUUGACACAUUUUUCAUAUUUACGUGGACAUUUUUUUUUGUGCAAAGGGUGAACAAUGAGGACUACUGGUGCAGUGGACUAUUUGUACUAUUGCAUGCUGAUCCUGCAGCUUGUGCACCUUCCCGCUGCCAAGCAAGUGCUCCGGUACCGCUUAGCCGAGGAGGGACCGGCCGAUGUCAGAGUAGGUAACGUGGCCGUGGACCUGGGCAUCGUAGCCGGGUCGGGGGAGGUCACAUUCACUCUGGAAUCGGGCUCUGAAUUUUUCAAAAUAGACAAUAUAACAGGUGAGCUCACCACCAACGAGAGGCGGAUAGACCGUGAGAAAUUACAGCAGUGCCAGAUGAUAUUCGAUGAGAAUGAGUGCUUUAUAGAUUUUGAAGUGUCAGUGAUCGGACCGGCCCAGAGCUGGGUGGACCUCUUUGAGGGAAAAGUCAUCAUAUUAGAUAUAAAUGAUAACACUCCGUCUUUCCCUUCCCCUGUUCUGACACUGUCUGUGGAGGAAAACAGACCCAUUGGAACCCUUUAUCUGCUGCCCACAGCCACAGACAGAGAUUUUGGCAGGAAUGGAAUUGAGAGAUAUGAGCUUAUUCAGGACAAUGGGGAAAACUCAAGGCGCUUGGGGUCUUCUGGGGAUUCAUACUCCGGGAAGAGGAGAUUUGAGGAAGGAGCGAGCAGGAGCAGUGUCUUUGAACUGCAAGUUGCUGACACUACUGAUGGAGAGAAGCAGCCUCAACUCAUUAUUAAAGGGUCCCUUGACAGGGAACAGAGAGACUCCUAUGAGCUCACGUUGCGUGUUAGGGAUGGAGGAGACCCCCCUCGCUCCUCUCAGGCCAUUUUGAGAGUAAUGAUCACUGACGUGAAUGACAACAACCCUCGGUUUGAAAAAAGUGUGUAUGAAGCCGACCUACCAGAAAACAGCUCCCCUGGCGCCCCCAUAUUACAGCUGAAAGCAGCUGAUGCAGAUGUGGGGGUUAAUGGUCAAAUCGAGUAUGUGUUUGGGGCAGCCACAGAAUCCGUAAGGAGGCUGCUGAGGUUGGAUGAGAGCACAGGGUGGCUGAGUGUGUUGCACCGCAUUGACCGUGAAGAAGUGAGCCAAUUGAGGUUCACGGUAAUGGCCCGUGACCGAGGCCAGCCACCCAAAAUGGACAAGGCCACUGUGGUGUUGAACAUCAAGGAUGAGAAUGAUAAUGUGCCAUCUAUUGAAAUCAGAAAAAUAGGCCGCAUAUAUCUAAAAGAUGGGGUGGCAAACGUGGCUGAGGAUGUGGUGGUGGACACACCCAUUGCAUUAGUUCAGGUGUCAGACCGUGACCAGGGAGAAAAUGGCAUCGUUACCUGCACAGUUGUAGGGGAUGUGCCGUUUCAGCUCAAACCAGCCAGUGAGAUGGAGGGUGAGCAGAAUAAAAAGAAGUAUUUCCUCCACACGUCUGCACCACUGGACUAUGAGGCCACACAGGAAUACAAUGUGGUCAUAGUGGCUGUGGACUCUGGAAGCCCCAGUCUGGCAAGUAAUAACUCUCUUAUCGUCAAAGUGGGUGACACUAAUGACAACCCUCCUAUCUUCAGCCAGAAUGUAGUGGAGGUGUCAUUCCCUGAAAACAAUGCCCCUGGCGAGAGGGUGACAACAGUGGCAGCCAUUGACGCAGAUAGUGGGAAGAAUGCUGAAAUAGCCUAUUCCCUAGACUCAUCAGUAAAUGGGAUUUUCUCUAUCGAUGCAGACAGUGGAGACAUCCGAGUAAACACCAUCCUGGAUAGAGAGCAAACAGAACGCUAUGAAUUCAAAGUAAUAGCCAAAGAUAAAGGCAUAAACACACUUCAGGGUUCUGCAACUGUGGUCGUUCUUGUGGCUGAUAAGAAUGACAAUGAGCCAAAGUUCAUGCAGGAUGUGUUCACCUUUUAUGUCAAAGAGAACCUUGAUCCAAACAGCCCAGUUGGCAUGGUUACAGUAAUUGAUGCGGAUAAAGAACAAAAUGCAGACAUGGGUCUUUUCAUUGAAGAAGAAGAAGACAUCUUUUCUAUUGAGAAUGAGACUGGGACUAUUUUUUCCACCCUGUCCUUUGACCGAGAGCAGAAAACCACCUAUACAUUCCGUGUCAAAGCGAUAGAUGGUGGUGACCCUCCGAGAUCGGCCACAGCCACCGUCUCACUAUUUGUCAUGGAUGAAAAUGACAACCCACCAACUGUCACCUUUCCUAUAAACAGCUCUUACACCCUUCUUCCUCCCUCCAGCAACAUCAGAACAGUCGUCAGAACUGUCAUAGCCACUGAUACAGACACUGGCAUCAAUGCAGAUCUGAACUAUAGCAUCAUUGGAGGCAAUCCAUUCAAGCUAUUUGAAAUUGAUGGGGGCACAGGGGUCAUUUCACUGAUGGCAAAGCUGGAACAGAAGCACUACGGCCUCCACAGACUGGUGAUCCAAGUGAAUGACAGUGGGCAGCCUUCCCAGAGCACCACAACUUUGGUUCACGUAUAUGUUAACGAGACUCUUUCCAAUUCCACAGUAGUAGAUGCCCAGGUGGCUAAGAGCCUUAGCACAUCUCUCAACACCAACAUUGCUGGUGACCCCAACUAUGAUCUCAGCAAACAGCGCUUAAGCAUCGUAAUUGGGGUAGUUUCAGGCAUCAUGACUGUCAUUCUCAUCAUUCUUGUUGUUGUCAUGGCCCGUUAUUGCCGUCCAAAAAAUAAGAAUGGUUAUGAGGCCGGCAAGAAGGAUCACGAGGACUUCUUUACACCACAACAACAUGACAAAUCAAAGAAACCCAAAAAAGAUAAGAAGAAACAGAAGUCCAAACAGCCUCUCUACAGCAGUAUUGUGACCGUAGAGGCCUCCAAACCCAAUGGGCAGCGCUAUGACGGCGUCAACGAGAAGUUGUCGGACAGUCCUGGCAUGGGCAGGUACCGUUCAGUCAACGGCGGGCCGGGGAGCCCAGACCUGGCACGGCACUACAAGUCCAGUUCACCACUCCCCACUGUUCAGCUUCAUCCACAGUCACCAACAGCUGGAAAAAAGCACCAGGCAGUGCAGGACCUGCCCCCUGCCAACACCUUCGUUGGCACCGGAGAUAACAUUUCCCUUGGAUCUGACCACUGCUCUGAGUACAGCACUCAAACUAUCAACAAAUACAACAAACAGCCGUUUCGCCGAGUGACCUUCUCGGUGGUGAGCCAGCCCCAGGACCCUCACCAGCAGGGAUCGCUGCAGAGCUGCUACGACAGCGGCCUGGAUGAGUCGGAGACCCCCAGCAGCAAGAGUUCAACGGGGCCCCGGCUGGGCGCACUUCCCCUGCCCGAGGACAGCUACGAGAGGACAACGCCUGAUGGCAGUGUCGGUGAGGCAGAGCACAUGGAGAAUGACUCCCGGCCCCUGCCUGACGUAGCCAUGACUGGCAAGUGCACCAGGGAAUGCGAUGAGUACGGCCACUCGGACUCCUGCUGGAUGCCUGUGCGUACGUCGCCCGAGCGACGGCCAUCCAAGUCAACCACCAACCCCCAACAACCAAAGCUUUCUACGUUCAUGACCGGCAGCGGCAGCAGCGGCAGCAGCAGCAGCGCCGACCAGCCCGGCAGCCAAGAGACCCUCGCCAUGGCCGCCAUGGCCAACGGAGACCCCACCACCGCUCACAUGAUGGGAGACCGCAACCGCAACCUGCUCAACAAGAGGAUGGCCUCCUCCUCCUCCUACGAGGCCUUCGGGUCGUCUUCUUACGGCUCGCCGGGAGGCGGGGAGGAGGUGCUGGGCCACCCCACUGAGGAGAUCCCCCUCGCGCCCACCGGGGAGUACAAGCCCACCUCCUGUGGCACUCUGACGCGACGGGAAGUUUACCUGUGAGCUCAGAGCUAACGUGCCGCCACACGCGGCAUUCAAACACACUGCUAAGCAUAGUUUGCUUACACGUCACCGUUACAGCUCUAGAAUCUUUUAGCCGCAAGUAGGACUAAACCUUCUCCAAAGACCUUUCCGGGUACUCCUUACUGAAAAGUCUAAGUGGAUAUAGAAACAUUGUACCAUUUUUAAAGCGCUUAUUCCGCCCAUGACCUGAAAGAGGGGAGGAGGAGGUGGAGGAACUCUCAGUGAGGCUGUUAUACUGGCGAGUCGGGCUCUUGGGACACAGUCUGCUGCCUGAAAGUCAAUCUGUACAGUAAUCAACUCAUUUUACAUACACAGCACACGCAUGAGUACUCCCCGUUCCCAUUGCAGGGCCCGUUCCGUUACAAUGACACUGUACAAAAGAGCCUGGUUCUUUUCUUUUUGUGUUUGUUUUUUAUAUAGAGUGAAAGCUGUACACAUAGGCAGUUUAAACAUUGCAGUUUUACAUUUUCAAACAGUCCGAGCAAACUGGACUCUCGUGAUUUUACACACUCGACCGAGGACCCGGUCGUCUUUUAGCCUCUGUGCUUAACUUGAAGGCUAAAACUGCAUUUGAAACUUAUGAGGACGGGAAAGACUAAGCUUUAAAUACCUGGCCCUCUCCCUGAUCUGGAAACCCUUGGACACAAAUGGGAGCCGGUGGAAUUUACUGCAACACUUGAUGAGAUGAGAUGAACUUGAUCGACCGAUUCUUACAAAGAGUGUGCGAACUUUUCACAAGGUGUCGCCUACUGUACAAAAACAUCGAACCAUAACAAGAGUGCUAACUGCUCCCAUUCCCUUUUGUCUCGCUCCCUUUCCUCAGUCUCUUGUUCUUUGUCUUUGAAUGGUGCGAUCGAGACCAAAAGCCCUCCUUAGAAAUGCAAGACCUUUCGCCAACAGGGAUCACCUUGAAAAGCAAGAUGUUCACUUUUGGAUCGCCUUAGUGCAAUGGUACCGUUCAUUUCAAAGAGUAAAAGCCCUCUUCCUCAAACAAACAUGACGACAUACACAUGCAGAGACAGAUUCAUUUAAAGGAGGCCAGUGGCGCUGCUAUAACUGACUGAAAAUCCAGGGUAAGCACAGUGUUUUGGCAUGAGAUUCAAAUUAUCGAGGCGCAGUUACAAUUUUAAGUUUGUAUAGGCAUAGCGUGCCUGUGCAGGUGUCUGCAGAUGCCCCUAAUAGGCUUAAGGGGGCAGAAACAUGGCCCAGUUGGUCUUAAAACAGCUGAAAGGACAGGAUUUUACAGUUAUUUCCUUUUUAUGUGUGUGUGUGUCUGUGUGUGGGUGUGAGAGGACUGAGCAAUAAAUGUCAUAUUGUACAGUACAUCCGGCCAACAAGCGACGACUUCUUUUUCACUCCCUCUCGAGCCUUCAAGGUGACAUUAGCACACGCGGCCGAGCAGGAGUCCUUCAAGCACUCUCGGUUGUUACUUUUAGUAGCAUGAAUGUACCAAUCAGCUCAACGGAGAACAAUCAAAAAGCAACACAAGCAGAUACCAGGAGGCAUUCGGAUUACGCGCUGGAAAAUUUGGUAUCAUAAAGAAACCAAAGCUUCACAAACAGGAUGAAGCACCCCCCCCCUACCCCGUUCACACACACAAUGAAGAUAGCUUUCAUUGAGAACUUUGCUUUAACCACACAUUACAUGAAGAUUUUGCUUUUCUUUCAGUGAAGGAUUGAGCUUGAACGAUGAGACUGUGGCGUCUCAACAGAACCUCCAUCACAUCCUCGGAGCUGAGGCUUCACACACAGACACACAAUAUUGUUGAGAUGUUGUGCCUCCCUCAAUUCUUUUUGUCGUUUAGAUUUUUUUAAUUUGCAGCUGCAGAGGCACAAAAUCUCAUGAUUAUAAUAAAGCAAAAGAAUAAUCAGAUGCAACAGAACUUUUUGUAUGUUAGCGAAACCCUUUUGGUUUGACCGGAGGAACUUUUUCUGCGCUCCGGCAAUCUAUAGUCUGUAAGUACUCCUCGUCGUUUGAAAGAAAGUGCUCCUAUACUUAUCAGCUGUAUACAUAAAUAUUUACUUUUUACUGCACGUUUAAUGGGAACUUACUUCACCUAAUGAGAAGGAAGAUUUAAAAGAAAAAAAAACAGUAAAAUAAAAUGUGCAAAAAAAAGGAAUCCCUGUAAACAUGGAAAACCAUCUUGUUGCUUGCAUUUGUUAUAACCUGAAAAGACAUUAGCCAUGUACAACAAAGUAGUAAAUCAACCAAGAACAUAUUGUUGAUUUUUUUUUUUAAUAUAUCUUUUUUUUUUCAUUCCCAGUUUCAUAAUUGUCUCGUAUAUCACAAUCCCUAAAAUCAUUUCUUUUGUACUGCGUUUAUACCAUCAGAUUAGAAUACUUCUAUCUUUUCUUUUACUUUUUCUCUCGCUCAUCGACUACACUGUAACAGUCAAAACCGUGGAUAUGAUCAGAAAAAUGUACUAUGUGUUUUACUUUUUUCUUUAUCUGGUGCCACUUUGUAUAUUUAGAGUGCUUCUGAAAAAAUGAAAAAAAAAAACGUUUAAAAAAUAAGAGUGAAUGCAAAUAUGCAAUUGUGCCUUUUUAUACCAAUUGGUAUGAUUAAAUGUUGGUUUGGAAAAGUGCAUAAAUGAUUAUAUCGAUGCUCACAACAUAGAUGGGUGGCAUUUAGGAACUGAAAUACAUUUGCAUAUCUUAGAUGAAAUACCAUGAUGUCAGGAGUUUAAUUUUUCCUCUUUUUUAAAUUCUAUUACGGCAAUCCUUUUUUGUUUCUUCUUUUUUUUUUUGGAGGUGACCAGUCAAAUGUCCGUGAGCCCGUAGGUCUAAUAUUCAAGUGGCUAUUGUUCACUGGGUUCAGUUAUCCGGUUGAAAUACCCUUUCCUAGCUUAGUGCAUUAUUGAAUGAGUACAGGUACAUUCAGAAGUUGCUUGUUGGUAGAAAUAAUAACAAUAUAAUGGCUUUUCUUCUAUUUUUUUUUUUUUUUUUUUUAUAUCCACUCAUGUACAUGUGUAACAUCAGAGGUCAAGUAACCUUCUUUGUGCAUGAAACACGUUUUAAGACUGAAUAUUAAAGAAUUGGAGGCCAGGAAGUGUAGGAAUAAAAGCAGGAAGAUGUUUGGAGAAAAUUCUUGGCAACGUUUGACUGCUCUGCGUUGAAGGAAUCUGGAGAUAAAAAUGCUAAUGUGACGUUUUACUACUGUAGGAGAGGUAAACAUAGGGAGGGGGAGGGUCUGCAAAGGAGAGCAGCUGACUGAACACACACCUCAGGAUGUGUUGUGCAACGCAGCACAACACGCGUGCAGGUUUAGAGUAUAUGCAUAUCUGAACAGAUGCUGCACUCCGAGCCAACAAAUAAGCAUGGUGAAGGGAUUGCUGUGAUGUUCCAGGGUGAUGCUCUAAAUUCCUGCAUCAGAUGAAGUGAAAACAAAGACUGCAGAGUGAAAAGAGAAAGAAACGGCAGAAAGGAUCCCCUACACUGGCAACUAGAACUCACCAGUACAGUCAACAGUACAUCAGAUCUGAGUAAUGAUGGAUUAAGUGGCUGGUCAUGGAAAUGUGGAUGAAAUGGCAAAGAACAUACGGUGCACCUGGCUGAGGUGUGUGUUCGGGAAGUGCUCUCCGCAUAUUCGUAAAGCAUUCACAGUGUGUAAUGAGAUUUGUAAUAUUAACCAUUACUAUUUGUCCUGCGACUUGGAUGUUGAUAUAGAAAUUGAGGAACCAAUUUAUCAUCGUUUAAUAUGAGUCACUAUGCACGCAGCUUAGCUGAACAUGGCAAAUUGUAUUGAACGCAAGUCCACUUCUAUUUAUGAGAUAUUUUACAUAAUUUAAUUUGCUUUUGUACAGGUUUGUGUAAAUAAAUUGCUUGUCAUUUUUGUCUCUGCAGAAAUUAAAAUAUA